CGGAGACUGUGCCCAGAGAACCCCAGGGCUCUGCAGCCCGAGGCUCCCUGGCUCUCUGGGGUCGGGCAAGGCGGUCUGUGGGCACAGGGGCUUGGAUUUCUUGCUGCUCUGCUGGUUUCCUGCUGAUCUGAGGUGUUGCCUGCAGCCCUGGGGCAGCAGUGGGGUCAGUGUUUUUGCUGUGCUGCCCUUGCAGGGUGUGACUCUGACCUGGGGACCCCGAGGCUUUGGACCCCCCAGUUCUGUUCCUCCUGUGUCUUCACGUUGCCAUCGACUCUGACCGAGCGUGGCUGCUGUGCCUGAGCAGCUCCCCUUGUAGGGCACCCUGAAUACACAUCAGCCAGGGCUCUGCUCCUCCCCUGACGUGCUCCAGUCCUGCACGGGGGUUGUGCUGGCCUUGGGGGACACCCCUGGGACCCACUCUGUGGUUGCACCCCUGGAACGGAGGCCUGGGCGGGAGAAGCGGGAGUGUCUGGAGGGAUGCCAGCCGUGGAGAUGGAGGAAAGUUAUCUUGAGAUUCCCGGGAGGCUGUGACAUGCCACGUGGGCUGCAGAUCCCGGGAUGGGGCACGCAGGCAGCAUGCUACAAGGAAGUAGGGUGGAGGCAGGUCGGGUGUGUGGAUGUUCGUCCCUGGGGUGUAACACUGCCCGAAUCCCAGGUCUCCAGCCCUGCUGUAGGGUCAGAUCCCAUCUGCAGCCCAUCUCCAUCACCACUGAUAAGGAAAUACACGUUGAGAGGCUGCAGGACCUCGCUAGGAAGGGCUGGGGAGGGUUUGGAUGGCUUCCCUGGCUCAUAAACCCAUCCUGCUACUUAGAGUCAGUGCUCUUACCGAUGAGCUGGUGAAAUCAAACAAGCCACCCUGACCUGCCCUUGUUGCCCCCACCCUGACCUGCUCCCGUGGCCAUGUGCUGGCCCUGUGGCCAUGUGCUGGCUGAGCUCUGGGCUCUCCCACAGCUCAGCCUCUGGAGGGAGAGUCACUUCAGAGCCAUCAGAUGGAGGGGAUAAGCUGAUGUGCUGCCAGAUAGGGCAGUGAAGUGUCUACUCUCAGUGUAUAUUCACUUAGCAGCCAGAUUUCAGACAAGAUAAGGCAGCAACUUAGGAGAGAAACUGGAGGACGAGCAGGAGGGGAGAUGGUCACUGGGGUGGUGGGAGAUGGGGUCUGGGUCUCCCCGCUGCCUUUUAUUUGGGUAUUUGUGGAAGAUGCUGUUGAGAGCACUGGGGAAUUUACCCAGCAUAGGCUGAUGUUGGGUUCCUUAUCCACCAUCCCCUCCCUGAGGAGCCAGUGCCCCACACAGUCGCAGUGCACAGCUCUGGCUGUGUCCUGUGCACUGACCCCAGCAGGGACCCCACAGGGCAGCUCUCUCCCUAACACCUCUGGGUUUUUUCUCCCCAGAGCAUCCCUCCAACACGGCCUUUCAGGAUGGUGGGCCCAGAAGUGCCGGUGGGGACCCUCUGGCCACGUGGCUGCUGACCCAGGGGUGCUGCCGGGCACCGCUGCCAAUGCAGAGCUCCCGGGAGCGCAGGGCAGAGCCGCCGCUCCGCUCGCCCAUGGCAGCCCCUUCUCGCCGCGCCCCGGCCCGGCUGCAUGGUGUGGGUGCCCCUGAGCCCCACGAGCAGUGACCGCCGGGCCCCGCUGCGCGCUCCCAGCACCACCACCAUGUCUCUGGAGUGGCUGAUGGACUGGAGCUGGUCCCUGGACGGACUCCGGGAUUUCAUUGCCACCGGCAUCCAGUCUUUCCGCGACUGCGACGCCACGGCCCUGGUGGCCGUCGCCUGUCUGCUGGUCCUGUUUGUGUGGUACUGCUACCACGUGGGGCGGGAGCAGCCCCGCGCCUACGCCACGGUGAACGCGCUGAUGCAGAGCGCCGAGGCCAACGGGGUGCAGAACGGCUUCGUGUACUGCCAGUCGCCCGAGUGCGUGCGCUGCUCGCACCACGACGGCCUCAACCAGAAACUCUACCACAACCUGCAGGAGUACGCCAAGCGCUACUCCUGGUCCGGCAUGGGCAGGAUCCACAAGGGCAUCCGCGAGCAGGGCCGCUACCUCAACAGCCGGCCCUCCAUCCAGAAGCCAGAAGUCUUCUUCCUGCCCGACUUGCCCACCACGCCCUACUUCUCCCGGGACACUCAAAAGCACGACGUGGAGUUGCUGGAGCGCAACUUCCAGACCAUCCUGUGCGAGUUUGAGACCCUGUACAAGGCGUUCUCAAACUGCAGCCUCCCGCAAGGAUGGAAAAUGAACAGCACGCCCAGCGGGGAGUGGUUCACCUUCUACCUGGUGAACCAGGGCAUGUGCGUGCCCAGGAACUGCCGGAGAUGCCCACGGACGUACCGCUUGCUCGGGAGCCUCCGUACCUGCAUUGGCAACAAUGUCUUUGGGAACGCCUGCAUCUCUGUGCUGAGCCCGGGCACCGUCAUCGCCGAGCACUACGGGCCCACCAACAUCCGCAUCCGCUGCCACCUCGGUCUGAAGACACCCAGCAACUGUGAACUGGUGGUGGGGGGCGAGCCCCAGUGCUGGGCUGAGGGCCGGUGCCUGCUCUUCGACGACUCCUUCCUGCACACGGCGUUCCAUGAAGGUGAGUUCAGUGUGUGGGGCCUCGUGGUGUCCCCUGUGGUGUCGGGGACUGGGGACGAGCUGUGGGGGACACCCAGUCCCUUCUCCUGCCCCAGCAGGGCCGUGGGGCUCAG